AUGGGCGACGGCCACGACGGCUCCGCUCCAGACACUGCACUCACUGGCCCUGCUGCGCGGCCUGCCCGUCCUCUUUCUUGUUUCCACCGCCCCGCGUUUGUCCACAACUCCUCGGCCAUCGCCACCGCCCUCGUCGCCCUCUUUGCUUGUCUGUGGCUGCUCGUACUCAGCUCGACGGCUGAGACUAUGACGCUGGCGAGAUUUUGA